AUGGAGUCCUGGUCCACCGCCCACACCCAGACGCACACCCCGUCGCCGACAAUCAAGUUUGAGAACUCGCCAAACGAUUCUCUCCUGUCGACCCCUGGCGAGAUGUACCCUUCGCUCUUUGGCGCCGAGUCAUCCCCCGCUCCUUCCGUUAUGGCGGACCCGACAUCCGACGUCGCGAUGCUGGCCAGCCUCGCCGCUCUCACCCAAGCCAACACACAGUCUCCGACGCCCGUGACCCCUUCCUCGACUGCCGGCACCCCAGAGCCAGAGAAGAAGCCGGUCAAGAAGAGGAAAUCAUGGGGUCAGGUGCUGCCAGAGCCCAAGACCAACCUCCCACCAAGGAAACGUGCCAAGACUGAAGAUGAGAAGGAGCAGCGCCGCGUGGAGCGCGUCCUACGCAACCGUCGCGCGGCCCAGUCCUCUCGGGAGCGCAAGCGCUUGGAGGUGGAGGGUCUUGAGAAGCGCAACCAGGAGUUGGAGGCCGCUCUCGCCAAGGCCACCCAAACCAACGAGUUUCUUCUCGAACAACUCCGCAACGCCGCCAGGCUCGGUGCUGGGGCCGGGUCACCAGAGACCUUCGACGCCCUCAGACUCUCAUCGCAACUCAGCUUCUCACAACCAUUAUUCAGCUCACAAGAUGGGCACAGCACUCUGGCCAAGCCAGAUUCCCUCUCAACACUUCACAACACACAAAACAACACUACCGUUGACCCAGCGGCCCUGACGCCUAUUUCCGAGGUUGAUGAAGAGCACGAGCUCCCAGCGACGGUCUCAACGCCUGUUGCGGACUCUACCCCCGUGGUGAAGGCUUCCCCCGAUGCGACACAACAUCCUGCUGAGAUGUUGUGCCAAGACCUGCAGUGUCGGUCGGCGGAAGCACCACCAUCGGCGUGGUUGGAGAACUCGCAACAACAGUUGCGCCCAGCGCUGGCUCUCUACUUACAGCUCCAAUUCCUUCUCACUUCGACCUCGGCCCUGAUUUCUCUCUGUCAGAGGCCUUUGAUGCAGAUCGCUAUGUCCUUGAAAGCGGGCUUCUCUCUUCCCCCGGUUCCAGCACUUUUGACUACGAUCAUCUGGCUGGUGACGACACCGAAGCCUUCCCGUUCCAGGUCAACAACCUCGACUUUGACUUCAAUGACUUCCUCUCCGACGACGCCAACCUCGCCCCCAGCCACGAGCAGCAGCCGCAGCAACCUACCUCCUGCGCGGUCGCAGACUCGUCCCUCCUCCCUGAGACUGAGACUUCUUCGGAAGAUCCUUACCUGCAGCCCCAGUCUGGCGCGUCCCUUGAUGGAUGCGACGAUGGCGGCCUUGCGGUUGGUGUCCUCUGAUGGAUUCACAGUUGACCGGGUUAAGGCAGGCGACGCUUCGGCGGCGGCAGCAGCUGAUGGAAAGGAGCAGCAGCAGCAGCAAAGCGGUAGGCCAGCUACAUGGCCGACAGGAGUACCACUACCGUCGAAGGAGGUCCUACUCACAUUACUGUGGGUCCUCAAGGUUGAGGAGCGGAGACUAGAAAUCCGCCAACAAGUCUCGCCCAAACUCGGAAGCAACUCGUGUGUCCCCAAGACAGUGACACCAACAAUUAAUAACCAGGCAAGACACUAUGUCUUGACCGUAGUAUCCAAGAGAAAACCGGAUUCCCUUGAGGGCGACCGGAAGCGACAUCGCUUUGAGUGA